AGCGUAAAACGUGAUUUCCCCAGAUAGGAACUAUUGCUCUUAAUGUUUUUGCAGUAAGGGGACAUAUUUGAAUGAUGCACAGAACGGACCAAUGGUGAGUUGUAUUCCCACCCGCGCUCUGUUCGGCUUAGCAAAGUAAGCACAGCGAUGUGGUGCGCCUCCCUCCCGAGGAGACUCCUCCACUGCUCCCCGAGCUUAAUGAAGAAGCAGAAAGGGAAAACUGCCGCCGAGCAGCGCUGGCUGCAGCGGCAGCGCAAGGACCCGUAUGUCAAAGCGUCCCACGCGCAGCACUUCCGCUGCAGAAGCGCCUUCAAGUUGCUGGAGAUAGACGACAAGUUCCGGCUCCUGCAGCCGGGGCGCAGCGUGGUGGACUGCGGAGCCGCACCCGGAGCCUGGAGCCAGGUGGCCGUCCAGAGGGUCAACUCAGCCGGGACAGAUCCAGCGCUGCCACGCGGUUCGGUCGUCGGCGUCGACCUGCUCAACAUACCGCCUCUAGACGGCGCCCGCUUCCUGUCCAGCCACGACGUCACCGACCCCGCCACGCAGGCCAAGCUGCUGGAGCUGCUCCCCGGCGGCCGCGCUCACGUCAUCCUGAGCGACAUGGCGCCCAACGCCAGCGGUUUCCGGGAGAUGGACCACGAGAGACUCGUCGCAAUGUGCUUGUCUCUGACGGACUUGGCCGAGGGGAUUUUACUGCCGGGCGGCUCCCUGGUUUGUAAAUACUGGGACGGGAUCCUCGCUCGCAGGCUCCAGGAGGAGCUCUCCGGUGUGUUCGGCAGCGUUCUGACUUUAAAGCCAAACGCCAGCCGGAGGGAAUCAGCUGAGCGGUAUCUCCUCGCACGGAUGUACAGGACGACGUCACCGUGAUCCCCAGGAUUCUUCCAGGUGAACACGAGGUUCCUGGCGACUCGGAAGCCGAGCUUUUGAUGUGGCAACGUGGAGAAGAGGCUUGCUUCAUCACGUUGAUCAAAAGGGGGCACUGUUGAGGCACCGCUGAGGCUCACAGCCGCCCAGAAGCUGAUCCCCGUCCCUGCGAACGCAUCACAGCGAAUCCGUCAUAUCUAAAACUCAUGCGAGCGUCUUCAGUCUGAUGCUCCACGAGAGCCCCGUUUUCUCUGAAGUUGGUCUGUUCUGCACAGUCAGUUUGGUAUUUGCCUUUUGCUGCAGAAAGUGAUUCAGCAGUCCUGCUUGUGCUGGAAAAUCUGCACUGGCCGCCGUGUAGAAACAUGCAGUGAUCGUCUCGUUGAGAGCUGAUGGAGGGCCGAGUUAAUGCCGAGGCACGUACGGUGUGACCGACGGGAGGCGUGCGAAUAUCUUCAGCCCAGUGGGUCGAGGGUCUCCUCCAAGUCACUGUGUCGCGCGUCUAUUCGCGCUGUUUUCCCGGUCUGUUGUCAGUGAUUUGAUUCCGGUGAUGCCGCCACGCAGAACCACUGGCGAUGGCAUGAAAGGACGUUUCCUAUCAAAGCUGCGUUGAGGAAGACACUCCUCAUGGAUGUGAUGCGUCACCCGGGUCUGUGGAGGGAUUCACAGCGUGGGAUAAUAUGACAUCGUCCAUUAUGUGUGCUGUUCCUUUUUUAUUAGCGACGUCAUAUUUUAGCCCCUUGCUUUCUCUUCUUCAUUCAACCUUUUCAUAGCAUUUUUUUUUGGGCAAUUCAUGCCUCUAUUGUUGCCAAAGUGAAUAACAGCCUGUCCUAAAAACAUCAUUUUGCUUACUAGAUUAAUUCUCUGACAAGUAGAAAAAAAAAUACCUUUUUAUGGUCAACACUGUAUUUCAAAAUAGAAGACAAGUAGACGCUUUACAGGGGUCCUUUUUUUACAGCGUUCACUUUUGAUGUUUGAUUCACACUUAUAUUCAGCCAAUGGCUUCUUGAUGACUCUUUAGGAGCAACUUUAUGAGUCCGUCUUAAAUCACACAGUCAGGCGUUGGGAGGGAACGAAAACGCUGCUUUUAUUUCAUCAGUCAAGCUAUGACUGAUGAAAUACUUUUCACCAUUAAUAGUUUACACGCAUUGUUGUGUGGUGGACUGGGACCCAAAUUGCACAAGAUGUGUCGCUAUGAUGUUGGAGGUUGAAGCCUGUCAGUGGAUGCAGAUCUCACCGUACUGAAUAGAUAAAACUCUUUAUGAACCCUGAGUACAUGAAUAUGUCAGUAUGUUUCUUAUACUAUGACAGUUUUCCUCAAAUUGAAGAAAUACUAAUACGUCUCUUGCAUUAUGAUAAUAUAUUGAAAUGUCUGUCAUGUCUCCAGCCACACGGCAGAAUUGGACUCUAAAGCUGACGAGUUUAUUCACUCGUGUGUCUUUUGAAAGGAUUUUCUUCACAGCGGUUGUCCCUCAACUUGUUAUUAUGAUUGUCUUGGUUUUCUCUUUAGACAUAAUUACCUGAGCGUCUUUGGAUCCCUGGUAAAAGCAUCCAAUUACUGUGUUUUAACCUUGUUUGAUGGUGGAUUAAACCAUGUGCUGCUCUUAGAGGGGGGGGGGGAGCCCACAGGGCAGCAACGUUUCUUUUAUAUGCAAAGAAUAAUCCAUAAAAAGAGUUCAUUCAUACAGCGAUAUAUUUAAUAAAAGUGUCUCACAUUGUGAAAUAAGAAGCAGAUAUAAAGCAAUGUUUUUGACGUCUCUCCCAGUUUGGGCCCUUUUGGUUCGUCCCACCUUUCCCAUCACUGAGGCCCCUGUUCAUUCACAGAUUAAUGACCCACCGGGGGAUGUUAAGAGUCGUGGAUGCUGCAUAAUGCUGGAGAUAACCUUUGCAGAAGAGGUCGUUAUGCAUCUGUGUCGUACUUGUUUUUAAGAUUUAAGUGAAUUUAAAUAAUACGAAUGAAACAUUGCACUUUCUGUAAUUCAAUUGCCCUUUCAGUCUGAAUUCACGUGUCUAUUAACGUAACCGUAAAUUACACUUAAACAAACUCCUUCAAAUUAC